AUGGUGGUCGUGGUGCCAGAUAGCAACAAUGCGCACGCGAAGAAGUGCCCAUAUCAUCAUCAUCGGACAACGUAUGCUAAAAAUGCCGAGGAUAACGACAUUACUAUUACUAAUAAUGAUGGGAAACAAGAUAAACAGAACUCGACCGAGGACGAACGCGCGACGGGAUCGGACGAUAUGGGCAGCGCCGAGAAUAACAACAAUAACUCGGACGAAUACCGGCGAUUGCAAGAAGAAAUCUUACAGUUGCGAAAGAGCAACGAGGAGUUGAAGAAACGACUGCGAACGUCUACGUCAUCCGCGAACGCGAACCAGACCGCGCUGUCGAAUAACUUGUUGCGAAAGUUGGCGCCGCUGAAAGAGCUGGCGAUGGAUUCCUUGGAGGAAGGGGUGACGAUUGCGGAUUUUACGCACCCGUUGCAACCGCUCGUGUUUGCCAAUCAAGGUUUUACGGAAAUUACUGGGUAUACCGUGGAUGAGACGGUUGGGAAGAACUGUCGUUUUUUACAAGGCCCGGAGACGGAACCGGAAGUGGUGAGAAAAAUAAAAUACGCGGUGAUGAACGGAUUGUCGAUUACGUGUCAAUUGAAAAACUAUAAGAAAAACGGGGAGAUGUUCAUCAACAACUUAUCGCUGAAACCGAUUCGUAACGAAAACAGCGUGGUGACGCAUUACGUCGGGAUUCAAUCCGACGUGACGAAAAUAGUUGACUCACAAAAUGCAGAGAUUGAAGCUUUGAAACGAGUCGCCAUCGCCAACGCGGCGACGGAAUCGAAAUCCAAGUUUUUAGCUCACAUGUCCCACGAGAUUCGAACACCUUUGAAUGGACUAAUCGCAGUCGGUCAGUUGUUAGAGGAUACAAAGUUAGACCGCGUGCAAAGAGACUUAGUGACAACCAUGCAAUCGUCUGGGGAAACCUUACAAGCGUUGAUUAGCGAUAUUCUCGAUUUCUCUCGCGUCGAGGCGGAAAAGUUAUCCUUGGCGAAAGAGCCGUUCAACCCAGAGGCGGUCAUCGCAAACGUGUUGGAAAUCGUAGGUAUUCACGCAGGUAGGUUAAAGUUAAACGUUGGAUACCACGUUGACGAAGGCGUUCCGAAAACCGUUUUGGGCGACGCCAUGCGCGUGCAACAAGUCUUGUUGAAUUCCAUCAACAACGCCAUCAAAUUUACCGAGAAAGGGGACAUCAUGGUUCGUUUGUACAUUGGCAUGGCCCCGAAAACGAAGAAAAUGCAACGCGUAAAUUCCUCGUUAGCGAUGAAUGAUGAUUGGAUCACACCUUUGAGUAAAUUGGCGCACAUGUGUCCGCACUUUUCGCCGAAAGAUGGCGAGCAGCCGCAGGAGAAAGCGGGUUCCGGCGAAGGCGAAGCCGAAGAAAAAGCGCAGUGUCCGUUUCACAACCAACACUCGACCGAGCAAAAACUACAACAACAACAGAACGAUAUCAAAAGAUCUCACGAACUUUCCGAAGCGACUGGUAAAGGCGCGGCGACGACGCACUCCGGCACCGUAGGCAGUGGUAAUCAAUCCGGGGGAAGCGAGAACAACGACAAACCGGUCUAUCUUCACUUUUACGUCAAAGAUACCGGCAUUGGCUUAUCUGCAAAUAUGAUUCGCGAGGUGUUCAACUCGUUUCGACAAGUUGACGAUGGUACGACACGAAAAUUCGAUGGUUCCGGUCUCGGUCUCGCGAUUUCUCGAAAACUGUGUGAAGCGAUGGGCGGUACCAUCUGGGCCGAAUCCGAAGGUUUAGGCAAAGGCUCGACGUUUCACUUUUGCGUAAAAUGUCAAGUUGCUAACGAGAACGAUAUGACAGAUAAAAGGGAAAGCAUUGAUAACACGAGCAACCUCGUGACAACUUUGAGCUCUCCGGUUGGUUUAACUGUACAAAAACUUGGCAACUUUUCCGCGAUGAAACACCACGCGGAGUCUUGGAUCCCGCAAAAAGUGAACAUGUCCAUCGGGGACGAGAACGGACGAAGAUCGACUGUUUUAGUCUACGACGAAAGUCACAUGAUUUGUAAAACUAUUGAAAGCAGUUUACAACAGUGGUGCAUCGAAGUCGAGGUGGUGACAUCGGCGCAGAGCUUGUUUGAGAAACUCAGGAAGGACGUCGCAGCGCAUCCCGAGGAUGAGAAAAAUCGAAAGUACGGCUGCGUUAUUGCGCAAAGGUCGCCAAAGUUCGAGAGAGAACUUUUGGCUUUCGCGCAGAAGCAAAAGCUAGUAUCUGAAGAUGGCUCAACCUUUUUAGGUGCGGUUAAGGCGAAACGUAAGACGAGGUCUGGUUCCGUCGCCAGAAGUACAGAUGGUGGUUCCGCCGAAAAGAAGCCGAAAGAGCACACCCCGGUGGAAGUGCACAAAAUCUUACCGGCAAUGCUUUUGCUCACGUGGCCAGCGGCUGCGAAGGUUUUGGGCGGUGGCAUCGCUGGAACGUUAGCUCGUUUGCACGAAAAGAACGAAGAAGUCGACCAAGAAGCUUUGGAUGUUGAAACGGAGGUAGAAAAAGCCGUCAGCGAAGCCGAGCGCAAGAGAGUCGUGAAAUUAUGCGAAGCCAUCCUGGCGCAAUCAAACUUUGAAGCCGUGACUAAACCGGUGAGAUACGGAAAUUUGCAGCAGGCCAUUUACCGAGUCAUGGCGAGAGAAAAAGUGGAAGGCGAAGAUGAGUGUUCCAAGAGAGGCAAAAUAUCCAAUAAAAGCGCCGCGCACUUGAUAAAAGAGAAAGCGCCUGAAUCCGCCGGUCCGCCGCCGAAACUUCGCAUCUUACUCGCCGAAGAUCACUUGAUCAACAUGAAAGUUGCCAAAGCGGUUUUAGGAAAGUGCGGCUGCGAUGACGUCGUCUGGGCAAAAGAUGGUGUCGUUGCGCUCGAGUUGAUCGAAAAGGAAGAGCAAGGUGUGGACGCGUUUGAUAUAAUUCUCAUGGAUUUACACAUGCCGAGAUGCGGCGGAUUGGAGUGCGUGAGGAAGAUUCGCGAACAGUACCCAGACUCGAAAAUACCAAUCGUUGCCGUCACGGCGGAUGCGAUGACAGAGUCGAGGGAUAACUGCAUGCGAGAUGGGUUCACCGGAUGGCUCACAAAACCGUUUCGAAUCGAACAAAUCAAAUCGUUAGUGGAUGAUAUCGUAACGAGAAAGCAAACGCUUGAAGGAAAACAGCGAGCGACUUCACCCUCGGCGUGUUGA